ACGAACAGAAAGCGCGCUUGUACGCCAUGACGAAGAUCACCGAAAUGAACCCAUGAAUAUUCCGGGAGCGUCCUGCAAGACGAAGCCUCUCCUGCGUAACGCAAAGGCGGAGGAAGAGGUGGAGAUGAUGUGGUGGCGUGGGACGGGACAGUCAAGUUCUACGGGAAGCACUACUUCCAUUUUGUCCAGCUUUGUGUGUUUUUCUUCCCAUCCUUAUGAGCCAUCCCUCUUACACGUUAGAGGAAAGACGGGCGGGAACAAGGUUGGGAGUUGUCUUUUGGGGGAAAGCUUUAGGAGAAGCAGGAAAAGGGAAAAGAAGAGUAUCACAUCUGUAUGUGUGCAAGAGACGGUUGAAUGGGAGAGAGAGCGCCACUCGUUCCUGCCCCCCCACCUCCUCUCCCCGCAAAGGGGAGAGCAAGUCUAAAUCAUGUUGCUUAUCAGUGCUGUUGUGCUGUGAUGUUGCUCAGGCAGAGCCCGGCAAAGAGCAGGAAGCCUUGCGGAUCACCGCCGACACCCGGCAUCAGCCCGGCCGCCCCAGAGCUGGAGAACCUGUCCCCGUCGCCCCCGCCUCGCGCCCCCCUCAGCGGGAUGUACCCCGAAGAGAGCCGGGGUUCCGGUGGGGUCGCCACGGUGGACUUCCUGGAGGGGACGUACGACUAUGCCUCCCCUACUCCGGCCCAGACGCCGCUUUACAGCCACCCGGUGCCGGGCUAUUACGCAGCCCCCCUGGACACCCACGGAUCGCCCUCGGACGGCAGCCUCCAGUCGCUGGGCAGCGGGCCCACCAGCCCCCUCGUGUUUGUGCCCACCAGCCCCCGACUCAGCCCCUUCAUGCACCCCCCUGGCCAUCACUAUCUGGAAGCCACUUCAACACCCAUCUACAGUAAAAAGACUGGAUGCCCUUUUGACUGGAUGCACCUGUGUCACAAGCACCUGAAGAAACCUCGUACCUGUGGCAGGUCCAGCGAGACGGUCAGUCAGCAGCAGGCGUCCAGGGACGACCAGUGCGGCACUAGUGACGAGGCGUACGUCUUGGGGGGCUCGGAGGCAGCCGCCGCUGCCGCCAUCGGGGUGUUCGAGAUGGCCAAGGAGACGCGCUUCUGUGCCGUGUGCAGCGACUACGCCUCUGGCUACCACUACGGGGUGUGGUCCUGCGAGGGAUGCAAGGCCUUCUUUAAGAGGAGCAUCCAAGGUCACAAUGACUACGUGUGCCCGGCAACCAAUCAGUGCACUAUUGACAGAAAUCGCAGGAAGAGCUGCCAAGCGUGCCGACUAAGGAAGUGUUAUGAAGUGGGCAUGAUGAAAGGAGGUGUGCGCAAAGACCGCGGUCGCGUAAUACGCCGUGACAAGCGGCGGACCGGCGCCACGGAGAAGUUGACCAAGGAGACGGAUCAUAGAAAAAUGGCCCCCCAGGAAGCGCGGAAGCAGAGCGGUGGCGGAAUUGCCGGAGGGGGAAGAUCAUCGGUAACGGACAUCCCUCCUGACCAGGUGCUCCUCCUGCUGCAGGGGGCCGAACCCCCAAUUUUAUGUUCUCGACAGAAGCUGAGCCGACCCUACACGGAAGUCACCAUCAUGACGCUGCUCACCAGCAUGGCUGACAAGGAGCUGGUCCACAUGAUCACCUGGGCCAAGAAGCUGCCAGGUGCAGCUGCUGGAGAGCUCGUGGCUGGAGGUGCUGAUGAUCGGCCUCGUCUGGAGGUCCGUCCACUGUCCAGGCAAGCUCAUCUUCGCUCAGGACCUCAUUCUGGACAGGUAAAAGAGGAGAGGUGCACUGGCCUACUUCUGGGACACGUCCUCUUUGCUUCUCCAUCACACUCUCACACACACACCUCAAGAGUGACACAUCAGCAUUGUAGAUUUUCCAUUUCGCACCUUUGCGGCCAUUGUGCCAUCCCAACACGUCUUGUCAUACAGUGCCGUACAGUGAAAGACUAAUUAUGUGCCCCCCGCGGUGAAGAGAGGACCCCUCCCCGCCCCCCGCCGCAUCAUUAUAGAGCCUAGCUGGCAACCAGGACAGAUGUAAUCAAAGCCUCAACGUACAGAAUGAUAGAAAAUGAAUGGCGGCGGAGGGAGGGAGAGUUAAGAGGACGAGGAAAUAGAGAUGGAAGAAGGGACGGCUGUUCCCCCCUUCCGCCCCAACCGUGUUCUGAGUAAACAACCUGACCAAUCAUCACUUCUACCAUUGUCUAAAAAAAAAAAAAAAAAAGAGCGAGAAUGACAGAUGAGCCAGAGGCAGACAGACAAAGCUUUUAGCUUGCUGUGCCUGAUGGUCCCAUUUGAUCGGGAACUCUAUUAGCGUAUUAUCUCUAAAAAGAUGGCCCCUGGGCUAAGUGUCCUGCCAGAUUGGACGUGAUGGCUAAAACGCAGCGGGUCAGGGUCGACGCAUUCCCUCAGCUGAAGCGCCACUGCCGCUGUGAUAGCAUCCGGCUUCCAGCCGCUUGUCUACUACGCCCAAAAGUCGAGCUCCGUAGCCAUUCACUCCAUUAGCGCCUUAUCCGGACAUGUUAUCUUGUCCUCGUUAGGGUCAAAGGUGAGCUGGAGCUCAUCCCAGCUGACUUUGGGUAAGAGGUGGGGUACACCCUGGACUGGUCGCCAGUCAAUCACAGUGCACAUAUAGACAAACAACCAUUCACACCUAUGGACAAUUUAGAGACUUUCCUGAACCCAACAUAUUUUUUGAGAAGUAUGGGAGAAAGCCUGUGUGUUUGGACCGAAAAAUUAAGAGGCAGGCGUGCUCACCACUAGAUCAACCUCUAAGGUUGAACACAAUUCCAGAUUUGAACUGUUCCUCUCAUGGAAACUUUACACAGGCAACGUUUUAAAUAACAUUUUUAACAGUCUUGCAAGAGAAACAGCACUAACCUAAAAGAGUCAAUUGUGCACUCACGUAAGUAAGGCUGAUGACGGACAUGAAAACGCCAAAGUCGGAGAACGCCAACCAAAUGAUAAUGACUGUGUUCUUAUCAUUUCCCAAGGCAGAGUUUUUCCACCAUAAAAUCUCAAAUUGAUACAUUAGAUUCCAGACAGGGAGAAAAGUGGACGAUAAAAAUAAAGAUAUGGAAAAAAUGGAAUCAAACCUAAAGCGAGAGGAACCGUUUUUGGCCCAACUCAAGUACAGUUAAACAACGUUGCUGACUUUUAAUUGCAAUGGAGGUACCAUUCAGUGUCACUGAGUGUCAGUAUGUGCGUACCUCGCGAAAGGCAGCAAAUGUGUUGGACAGUGAAUGCCUUCAUUGAUAUGAUUAGGAAUACCAGCUAUGGACCGAAGUCUUCUUCGCAAGUAGUUCAACACAUCGGCGAACUAUCACGUGCGUCAGAAAUAAAGAAAGGUCUUCGUUCACAAUUAUCUGUCAUUGUGCUAAUUGAAAUGUUAGGUAUCAAAAGUUCUGGUGGUAUCGGUGAGUACUCGAGUGAAUACUCGUACCGGUAUCGGUCUGAAAAAAAGCG